CCCUCCUUCCUUCCCUCUCUCCCUCCUUCCCCCUCUCUCUCUCCCCAUGGCCGGGGAAGGUGUGCGGACAAAGGGAGCGGCAGGAGAGCAACGCGGCGGCUCACAGCAGCAGCAGCAGCAGCCACAGGGAUCAGGCACAGAGCAGCAGCAGCAGCAGCGCUCGGGCAGGGAGCCGAGAGCCUGGGAGCACAGGGGCACUGAGGGCUACAAGUCCGUGGAAGUGGUGCUGAGCGGAGGAGCGCCCUGGGGCUUCACCCUGAGGGGAGGACGAGAGCACAGAGAACCUCUCCUCAUCACCAAGAUUGAAGAUGAAAGCAAGGCAGCGGCCGUGGGCAAACUCCAGGUCGGAGAUGAGAUCAUCAGCAUCAAUGACGUGAUCCUGACGGGCUACAGGCAGGAGGCGAUCUGCCUUGUGAAAGGGUCGCACAAGGUUUUAAAGAUAAUAGUCAGAAGACGUAAUGAACCAGUCAGUAGGCCUCACUCUUGGCAUUCAACCAAGUUCAUAGAUAGCCAGCCGGAGCCUGCCAUGAUGCAGCUGUCAAACACUGGCGUGUGUGCAUCCUGGCAUUCAAGGUAUUAUGCAACUUCCUCGUCAAACGAUCUUUCAAAUUCAUGGGACCAAACAAACCUGUGUCGUAUAUCUGACCAGUUCAGCUCUCUGGGCAGCAUGGACAGCCUGGACCAGCCUCCGCAGAUCUACCAACAGGAGAGAUUAUCCCCCACUAGGUCCAGUAACAGCAUGGAUCACAUCGCUCAGCACAAUAAACGGGAUUCUGCUUAUAGCUCUUUCUCCACCAGCUCCAGCACACCAGACUAUACUCUGUCAUCAUCCAGGAAUGAGAACUCGUCCUCUACUGAGAACAUGCUGAAUAAAAUGGGCCACUGGGAUGCUGCAAGGCAUGGCAAUGGCAGGCACAGCCAAAAUCUGGGCAACCAGAGUGGCUUAGAGGACAAACAGGGAUAUUUGGCACCUGGGGUUAGUAAUGAAGAGAGGUUCAGCCCGAGGCCGGAUGAGCAGCUGAGUUCCAGACAUCACAGUGCAGGUCGGCCGAACUUUGGACCAAUCUGGCAUAUUCCUUCUGGCGAGAACCGGAUUUCCAAGAUGCUGUCCCCUCCCCCACCCCCUCCUGUCCGCAGCGACAGCUUUGCUGUCACCAAGGUCCAUGAGAAAACACACGUUUCUGCGUUUGCCGAUGUUUGUGGCCCACCACAUUACUCGGCCUUGAGUAAGCCCCAGCCCAGAGGAGGUUGGAUUGCAGAGGUGCCUUCCCAUGUGAAUGACAGAGGGAAAGAAGGAAGGGAAAACCCUUACAACGUGACCAACGUGUGCGAAACUCCCCAUACAGCUUUCUCCCCGUCGGCAGACAGCAACAAACACUUAAGUGAAAGCAGGCUCCAGUAUUCCCUGUCGAGUUCUGAUAUACGCUUUCCUCAGCCCACAUACUCUUCCCAUCACCAACGCCAGAGCAGUGACGAAGGCAAUUUUUACCACAGUGACCGGGCUGUGUUUCCAUCCAAACCACCACAUUCAGGAUAUUGCAGUAGCAUGCAGGAGUUGCCAACUCAGAAUUCCCACUAUUAUAAUCCAAUCCAGAUUUGGCCAACUAAAACCCCUUCUCCCACUGCUCCGGCAGUACAUGGAAUUUCUCCAGGGCCUGAGAAUGCUGGGCAGAGCAGGUAUUUCUGUAUUACUUCCAGACAGCCUCCACCAGUGAACAUUCAGCCUUCCCAGAUCAAAGUGGAUUACUGGGAAAACUCCAAGGCAGCAGCGAUUACUCCAGGGCAGGUUGAAGACAGCAACAAUCCAGCACCCAGCAUGGGACAGAAGCAACCCAAGUACUAUCACUCCCAACAGCCGUCCCUCAGCCUUAAUGAUAACAGCGGCCUCGGGAGGGUAGAGACUUGCAAAGCAAGGAUGUCUGUACCUGUACCAGAUAAUGUUAUAACACAAUUAAUGGAUGAAGAAAAGGGAAGCCAGUGGGGAAACAGUGCAUACAGCAAUGGGAAAGACCCCACUGGUUCAUCAUGCAGCCAUCAGCUUGGUUUCAAGAACUCCAUUGGAUCUAGUGAAAGCAGACACCAGCCGAAAGAGCCAUGGAUGCCAGAUGGAGACAGCAUUGCAAUAUGCCCCCACAAGACGCCCAUGCUACACUCUCUUACACAAGAAAAUGAAAGUCUUCAGGAGAAUUGGAUGGAAGGUUCAGUCAGGCAGCAACUGUAUGAGCUGUCGCUGGCCAAACAGAUGCGGCGGAGCGAUCGCUUUGCCACGGCUCUUAGGAACGAGAUCCAGAUGAAACGCGCACAACUGCAAAAGAGUCGAAGUGCUGCUGCCUUAGCAGGUCCCGGUGAACUGGAGGAGGAUGUGGAAAGCUGGAAAGAGGAGUCCACAGGUAACUCAAGAUCCUCUUCGGACGGGUCAUUCUCCAGUUCUUACAAGGAUAACUUGAAGGAGGCUCAGGCCAGAGUGCUAAAGGCAACUUCUUUUAAGAGGAGAGACUUGGAGCCUGUGCUGACUGAAUAUCGACCCAAGUCGCCCGAGUGCUCAGCAUUCACUAACAGUGCAGCAAGCUCCACCCUGGGUCCUCGAGAUGGAUCACUGUCAGCCUUUCUGGACACUGCUGAAAGCUACCCUGACCCGCCAGUUGGUGGCAGCCACCACGUUUCACGCGUGGGUGGCAGGAAGCGGUUCACUCAGGAGCAGAAGCUGCGAUCCUACUCCGAACCGGAAAAAAUGAACGAGGUGGGAAUGUCUGAGGACGUCCAGCCUCCUCAGCCACCAAGGAAAACAAAUUUCAAAUCCUUUGCAGACAGACGGAAGUUCUUUGAGGAAAGCAGUAAGACUGGCCAUCCUACAACGCACAGCAAGCCGUCACCCAAACACAACUCCCAGCGUGCUGCGGGAGAGCUGGCCUCCGGUAAAUCUAGGAAGCCACACUCAACUGAGGCAGAGGAGCCGGGUCAGUCUGUUGCUGAAGGCAGAGCCCGAGCAGCCUCUCUGGGCUUCGAAAGUGCAUUGGCCGAUCAUCCCAAGACCAAAGACUUGGGACCUGAUCCAGCCUGGGACCUGAGCAGGAGUUCAUCUCAAGGAAAUGUAGUAAAGCAAAGCAGUCUACCUGAAAGGCAAGAGUACUUUGUGAAUCCCAGUGAAAAAGAUGUCAGCACGCACGAGACAGCAGGUCAGCCUGAACCUCAGAGGUUGGGCACGUUUGCAGAAUACCAGGCAACCUGGAGAGAGCAGAGGAAGGUUUCAGAGGCUAGAAGUUCUGGAAGGUACCAUUCGGCUGACAAUAUUCUCGACCAGAGUUCACAGGAACCUGUAAAAAUACAGUACGUACAUGAGAGAUCCCGGUCAUCACCUUCCAAAGACUUCUAUGCUCAGGAUGUUCCCAUUGAAGUGAGGAAGCAGCCGGACAGUUUCCACAAGGCGAUGGAGUACACAGCUGCCACAGUGGACAACAGAAGGAGCAGCUCAUCAAUGAGCAGACAAUUGGAUCCAGGAUGCAAGGAAAUCACAUCAGAGGGAGAAAGGCUUUCCUGUGAACAAACUCUCGAGCACCAGUGGAAGACAUCAAGCCGAAAUGUGCAGACAAGCGAGCUGCAAUCUCAGGAAGAUCACAGCAGAUCUGUCACCGUGCCAAGUAGCUACUGGUACCCAGAGACCAAUGAGGGUGAAAUAGAAAAAAAAGUAGACGUGUUGGUUCCUCAGACUUGCCCCAAAGGUCAAGCACUAAAUAAAUAUUGGACGACAGGAGAGGAACUUGCAUGGGCAGAGGAGAAACUAGCAGCAGAGAGCAACAGGAGAAGGUUAACGGCACCACAGAGACCCCCUCCUCCAAAAGUAGACAAACACAGGCGCCAGGAAACCCCCAAUUCAGGUCUAAUUGCGGCUUCAAACUCUGCUCCAACAGAACAGAGUGGGUCCAGCCAGAUGUCCACGAACGCAGCUGAAGUAUCAAAUGGCAGCACAGAGACCCCACUACCACCAAAGGUAGCGGUAAAUCCAGAACCCCAGCUCGACAGAUACCCGGCAAGUGACUACGCCCAAACAGGGAAGCCACAGGUUAAAGGAGAUAACAAAAUCCCUUCUUUCCAUUUCUUCCCAAAACCCUCGAUUGAAGUUCCGAGGACCCCUUCUCCGCAGUUUGCCCCGCAGAGACUCACUGAUAAGCCACCGUUAACUGUGGAAGACGACAGCCUUGCAAGAAUUGAGAAAGUGAUGGAGAACAACACAACAGUGAAGAAGGUCCCGAUUAAAAUAGUUCGUUCUGAAAGUCAGACAGAGAAGGAAAGCAGGCAGAACCUUCUGAAUAACGUGGAACCACUCAGUUUUCCGUUCGACUCAGAGAAAGAGCAGCUGAAAACCAUUGGCACGUCCGAACAUUCCUAUUCACUUUUCUCAGCAUAUUCCAGACAUGAGCAAGAGCAGCUCAAGGACAAGGAUGUGAAUGUAACUGAGGCACCACUGACUGAUGCAGCAACAAGUGACUCUAAGGAAAGUGAGCAAGUUACUGCUGUGACCAACUAUAUGAAGGCAAAAAACAUUGAGGACCCCAAGUCUGAAGAACUGGCAAGAGAGAUUGUGGACAAAGACAAAUCUCUGGCUGAUAUUCUGUACCCGAAUUCCAAAAUGAAGACUACCAUGGAUCUCAUGGAAGGGAUUUUCCCCAAAGAUGAGGCUCUCCUUGAGGAAGCACAACAACGCAGGAAGCUGCUUCCCAAGUCGCUUUCUCCCAAAGCUAUGGAGGAACGGAAUGAAGAGGAGACUACCCCGAUUGGAGUCUCUCUGACUACAAGCUCGACUUACUACAGUACAUCUGCACCAAAGGCUGAGCUGCUGAAUAAACUGAAGGACAUGCAGCAGCAGAUGGAGGAGGAAGAGGAUUCUGAAGAUGAACUGAACCAUGACCUUACUGAAAAGAAGCAAGAGCUGAUUGACAGCAUCAGUAAGAAGCUGCAGGUUUUGCGAGAAGCCCGCGAGAGCCUGCAGGACGACAUCCAGGCCAACAAUCUACUGGGUGGGGAGGUGGAGGUGUACGUGAAAGAGGUCUGCAAGCCCAACGAGUUUGACAAGUUUAAAAUGUUUAUCGGAGACCUGGACAAAGUGGUCAAUCUGCUCUUGUCUCUUUCUGGUCGGCUGGCCAGAGUGGAAAAUGCCCUGAACACGUUGGAUGAGAGCGCCUCUCCAGAAGAGAGGAGGACCCUUACUCAGAAGCAAAAACUCCUUACGAGGCAACACGAAGAUGCUAAAGAACUGAAAGAGAACCUGGACAGGAGGGAAAAGGUGGUGUUCGAAAUCUUAUCCAGCUACCUGACAGAGGAGCAUCUCCAAGACUAUGAGCACUUUGUGAAGAUGAAAUCAGCCCUCAUUAUCGAGCAGAGGGAGCUGGAGGACAAGAUCAAACUGGGGGAGGAACAGCUCAAAUGCCUGUUGGAUAGUCUGCCUCCUGAUAGCAAACCAAAGUAGAAACUAAAAGGGAUAACCCCAACUGGACACUGAACAAUAAUUAGUGUGUGCUUCCCUUUUUCUUUCAGCGUGUGUGGUAUAGCUGGAUCUGUCCACUAGCGGGAGACAAGCACCAGGGAUCAGCUGGAGAAAUUAAGGUUACAAAUCUGACCUCCGAUGUUAUCGUGGACUGAGUUCUGUGGUAGUUUUGAAACUGAAACUUUAGAUUGAUCAGGUUCACACAUUACGAUUGUGUUUACCCCCUUCCUUUCCCCCGCAGACAUGAAAUUAAAGAAAAACUGCUUUAUGUUUGCUGCAAAGCAAGAAUUUGCUGCUUUGUAAUCUGUUCCCGCUACCCAGCAGGUUUCUUUUCUUACCUUUUUGGGUCAACACUACGGAUUCAUUCAAUGAUGUGAUAACUGGAUUAAACAAAGAGAAAACAAAUUGCAUUAAAUUAAUUUAUUGUAGCAUUUACUAAAGUAAAUAGGUGAGUAAAAUGAGUCCAUCAGUGUUAUUGUCAAGUCUGCUCUUUGCAAUAGACAAAGUUAGAGCAACUUUUCUUUUUAUUUCUUGACUUGGAGACUUUUUAAAAGUAUGAAUGGGGGUCAAUUUUGGAAUAUUCCUAAACGGGCUCCAAAGAUUUCAUUGAGGCUUCUGCUAAAGAAAUUAACCUCCGUUGGCUUCACCAGGAACACUGGUCUAACACUAACAUUUAGUUAGGCCACAGUCCCCAGAAUAAACCCAGAAAGACCAUUUUUAAGCACUCAAAUGAUGCCGGUCAAGAUGUGAAUCCAAGAUGGUCUCACCAAGAGCAUUUCUGCAGAGUUUGGUUGCCAUCAACCAUUAUUCAGGCAUCGGGAGGAUAUUUCAAAGCAAAGUAUAACACCAUUCCUUAAAUAAGAAACAAUGUGUGCUUAGGAAUACCCUAAUUUUGACUCCAAAUGUCAGUUGAAUUGAGCAAUAAUGUGUGCGGAUGAGUAGGGCACCAGGUAAUUGAGGAUGCACCAAGUGGAGGCCUCUACGUUGACUGUUCGUUUCCUCCAUUUCUUGCUAGCUCCUUUCAUUGCCCAGCUCAUUAAUGCUACUUAGUCGUGCCUUCAGAGUAAAUGAAUAGCCGUGUUGUUUGAUGAAGAAAGAGGCCACGUUUUUAGUGUCUUAAGAAUGGGUUUUAGAUUUCCAUGGGACAAGGUGAGCCACUUCACCUGUGUGGAGGGGUCCUCAAUGAGGUUUGAAGAGGGUGCGGGCACGUAGGGAAUCAGCUGACAACUGAAUGUUACAGGGGAGCUCCACCUGGUUUUACUAAUAAACAUUCUGCUGACUAAAAUAGGCACUCUUCAGUGUUCCGAGAUGAUGUGAUGUAGCAAACUCAUGCUCGCAACAUUGCACAUUUUUGCAAGAACUGAACGACACCAUUGCUUUAUCUUUGUGCAGUUCACUCUGGAAAGGUUGACAUCUUUGUACCAUGUGUGCACAGUGGAGCUGUCUCUGGGUAACUUGCAAACCAAUAAAUAACGUUUUGCUCGAA